CACCACCCGUCCACCCAGUCAAAGGUUAUCAGCUCCGGCUAUCCACACCAUUACUUUUCUUCCCUGCUCCUCAUAUUCUUUGCAUACAAAUACACAACAUUCAUAAACCAAAACGACGACGCCUUAAUUUCUUGCAGCAAAGCACACAUUCAAGCUGUUUAAACACCGAUUCUUGCUCUCGCCAUAGUCACCUUCGAAUGAAUGGCUAGGGGAUUACUUCUUCUCCCACAUUACACAGCAAAAUCACACUUAAUUCGAACUGGGUUAUCGUCAUCUUCAACCAAUUUCACUAAAAUUCCUAUCUUUCCCACUUCAAGAAAUCCGACCUCUGUUCGAGUAUUGUGCAGUUGUUCUUCUAAUGGCGGAUAUGAAUUCAUUGGACUCUCAAAAUACAAAGAUACUUUCUCCAAGCGUAUGGCCAUGGCUGGUCUCAAACCCCAUCAUCGUAUUGCUGUGGGUGUCUCCGGUGGUCCUGAUAGUAUGGCAUUGUGUUUAUUAGUUGCUGACUGGAAAUCUUGCGGGUUAAAUGUUGCUUCCAAUGGAAACAAUGAUAUGGUCGAUGGGUUAUUGGCAAUAAUAGUUGAUCACGGUUUACGUUCAGAAAGUAAAGAUGAGGCAGAGAUGGUUCAACGUCGAGUCUUGGAUAUCGGAAUCAGAUGUGAGAUUGCCCAUUGUAAAUGGUCAGAAGGUAGACCAAAAUUGGGUCAUUUGCAAGAAGCAGCUCGAGAUAUGAGGUAUGAGAAGUUACAACAUAUUUGCAGUCGGCAUCAGAUAGGGGUGUUACUAAUUGCACAUCAUGCGGAUGAUCAGGCAGAGCUAUUCAUCCUUAGACUAUCUCGCAAUAGUGGUGUGCUUGGACUUGCUGGUAUGGCAUUAGCCACCCAAUUAUUUGCUACAAAUCCUAGUCUUGAUGAUGGAAGUUCGAGUAGCAUUUUAGUUGUUCGGCCACUUCUGGAUUUUUCAAAACAAGAUUUGUAUAAGAUAUGUGAAGGGGGCAAACAGAAUUGGGUGGAAGAUCCCACGAAUCAAAAUACAAUAUUUGCACGUAAUCGGAUCAGAAUGUCGUUGGGAAACUUGUCAUCAUCUAUAUUCAAGUCUGAAUUGCAAGCAAUUAUAUCAGCAUGCCGAAGAACUCGUUUCUAUGUUGACCAAAUUUGCCAUACUUUGAUAAAUCAAUCGGUGACUGUUAUGCCUCAAGGAUACGUGAUUAUUGAUUUAGGAAUUCUAAAUCCAUUGAAAGUCCCGGAUAUUUGCUUGUCCAAGUUCGUGACGCUCCUAUUGCAGUUUAUAUCACAAAGGCAAAGACCGGUUCGUGGGAGUGCACAAAAAUUGCUAUUGGAUUACUUUCGAACAUUCCCGUGCAAGUCUUCUUUUACUGCAGCUGGUUGUUACCUCUGUGCAGCACCUGGUUCCAAAGGCACAAAGCUUCUUAUUUGUUGUUCGGUCAAUUCCGCUUUACCUAUGAAGACAGAAUCAUUCUAUAUCGGUUCUUCUAACAAACAGAAAGUCAACAUAAUAACCGAGCUAGAGCAGAUUAUAGAAGACGGAAGAUCAUAUUCAAAUAAAAUGGUACCAAAAGCCUCCGAUGUGCCUUUCUUGAAUGCAAUUUCUUCCGAGUCUAUUUUAACUGAAGCUAAACGUCUCAAGAUUCUUGGCGAACCAACCCUUAUAAGCAUUCAAUCGUUGCACAAGAUUGAACUUGAAAAAUUCAAAUUCAAAACCGAAACUUUAACCGAAAAUGUGUCACAGAAGGUGGUAGAAUCAGUUGAUGCCAAAGAACUUGGUCAGGGGCAAAUUGGACAUUUCAUGGAUAGGUUCGUGGUUUCGUGGAAGUUCAUCGGUGAAAAUGGUGGUUGCUAUUGUGGGUUUGGUCAAUAUUCGGUUGUGGAGGUGCGCCACAUGGUUGAUGCUGAUUGGCUGGAUCUUUCUAGAUUAAGUAAGAGUGACAAUUUGGAAGAUUGUCAACUUGAAGAAGUUCUUAAAUGCUCGGAUUAUGCUAAAAUAUCGGCACGAAAAGCCCUCCGGUUAUUGAAGUCUAUUCCCGUUGCUGCAAGAAGAAGCCUGCCGGUAUUAGUUGACCCCCGAUGGCAGGUUUUGAGCAUCCCGAGCGUUUGCUUCAGCGUUUGCCGGUGUUUGAAGGCAUCUGUUGAAUUCAGCCCAAGAGUACCUCUUGGUGGUGGUUACAGUUCAUUUUUAUGAGCCUCUUGCUAAUGGCUUCAACACAGACCAUUUGGCAAAAUCUUGGUUCUUGAUGGAGGAGACCAACAAAACUAGAACGGAAGCUUAAUGUGGUGGUGCAGAUUACCUUUUUUGCAGUUGAUUCUAACAUUAUUAGAUUACUUUUCAAAAGAGCCUUUUAUACUGAGAAAUAAGGUUUUUAUGUAUAGUGAAGUUUGAUGGUCUGUAUCUAGCUGAUGUGGGAUUUACCAAAUAAUUUGGUCAGUUUCUUGGAUUUGUAAAUUUUGAUGGAAUUCUUGGUCUCCCUUAGAGUCACAAGA